AAAUAUGGUAUAAAUUUCCAUGGCUCAUUCCGGUUUGUCACAUAAUUUCGCGAGAGGUAAACAAAAAGUGGACAAUGGUUAUUAGAAGAGACGUCUUUAAGGCAUAGCUACAGUCACAACUCAGAAUGUAUGAAGCCUGAGCUGCCUAAGAAUGGAUACUAAGAAAGGGUUUACUGGAAAGGGAUCAAUGGCAGCAAACAAAUUCAAACAAGGGGGUCCACCCAGUAAGAAACAGAAGGUAGAUGAUGAUGAGGAUAUGGAUUUUGAAGCAGAGUUAGCCAUGAUGGAUGACAUAGAGAUGGAGGGAGCAGAACCAUCAGCACCUGGACCUGAUGAUGAAAUGACAAGUGUUAAAUGGGCAAGACCUCCUGUACCACCAAUGGAUCCAAAAAAAGAUGCUAUUAUAUUUCAACAGAUUGAUUUAGACCACUACAUUGGAAAGCACAUGCCUGGAAUGCCUGGCUGCACCGUUGGUCCGACUCCUGUCAUCCGUAUGUUUGGUAUAACCAUGGAAGGACACAGUGUUACAGCACACAUACACGGCUUCACUCCGUACUUCUUUGUACCAGCGUAUCCUGGAUUCAGUGAAGACCACUGCAAGAAAUUCAUGGAUGCAUUGAAUACAGCUGUGAUGGGAGAUUUAAGGUCAAAUAAAGAAGAAAUAGUGAAAGCUGUUCUUGGAGUGGAACUUGUUAUCAAAGAAAGUAUUUAUGGUUUCCAUGGCAACAAGAAAAUUCCGUUUAUCAAGAUCACUGUGGCAAUACCUCGCCUCAUUGCGCCAGCAAAAAGACUGCUCGAACAAGGUUUUAACUGUCCAGGUUAUGGACAAUUUGGCUUUCAGUCCUAUGAGUCUAACAUAGAUUUUGAAAUUAGGUUCAUGGUAGACAGUAAUGUUGUUGGUUGUAACUGGAUAGAGGUUCCAGCAGGGAAGUACUGUAUCAGAGACAAGGAAAACUCUAACCAAUCUGAUGCAAAGAGACCUCCACUGAAAUCUAGAUGUCAGAUUGAGUUGGACGUGUCCUGGCAGGACUUUAUCUCACAUAUGCCUGAAGGAGAAUGGUCCAAAGUUGCCCCAUACAGAAUUUUGAGCUUUGAUAUAGAAUGUGCAGGGCGUAAAGGGAUAUUUCCGGAGCCAGAUAAGGAUCCUGUCAUUCAGAUAGCCAACAUGGUGAUACGACAAGGUGAACAUGCUCCGUUCAUCAGGAAUGUGUUCACACUGAAAACGUGUGCUCCAGUCAUUGGUUCUCAGGUCUUGUCAUAUAUGACAGAGAAGGAAAUGUUGUCAAAAUGGGCACAGUUUAUUCGAGAGGUUGAUCCAGAUAUCGUUACAGGCUAUAAUAUACAGAACUUUGAUUUGCCAUACCUCAUCAAUAGAGCCAAUCAUCUGAAGGUGGAAAACUUCACCUACCUCGGCAGAAUAAAAGAUAUGAGAUCUGUGAUAAAGGAGUCUACCAUACAGAGUAAACAGAUGGGGAAGAGAGAAAAUAAAGUUAUAAAUAUAGAAGGGAGAGUGCAGUUAGAUUUACUGCAGAUUUUGUUCCGUGAUUACAAGUUGAGGUCAUACUCUCUGAAUGCUGUCUCAUUUCACUUCCUGCAAGAACAGAAGGAAGAUGUUCAUCAUUCAAUUAUUACAGAUCUACAGAAUGGAAAUGCUCAGACAAGACGUCGACUUGCAGUGUACUGUUUGAAAGAUGCUAUACUUCCUAUACGACUGCUUGACAAACUUAUGUGCGUCAUCAACUACAUGGAAAUGGCAAGGGUUACCGGUGUACCUCUCACAUACCUUUUAUCUAGAGGUCAACAGAUCAAGGUCAUUUCACAGCUUCUUAGAAAGGCCAGAGAGCAGGAUCUCUUAAUACCAGCACAGAAGAUUGAUCCAGGAGAAGAGUACGAAGGUGCCACAGUCAUUGAACCUCUGAAAGGAUAUUAUGAUAUGCCGAUAGCCACACUGGAUUUUUCAUCCUUGUAUCCAUCCAUAAUGAUGGCUCAUAACUUGUGUUAUACAACUUUGCUCAACCAGAACACCAUUAAUAAAGAGGGGUUGACUCCGGAUCAGUACAUUAAGACACCUUCCAGUAACUUGUUUGUGAAGGCAUCUGUGAGAAAAGGACUGCUACCAGAAAUUCUGGAACAUCUGCUGUCUGCUAGAAAAAAAGCAAAGACAGAUUUGAAGAAUGAGACUGACCCAUUCAAGAAGAAAGUGCUGGAUGGUAGACAGCUAGCCUUGAAGAUUACUGCCAACUCAGUGUAUGGUUUCACUGGAGCUCAAGUUGGAAAACUACCUUGCUUAGAAAUUUCUCAGAGUGUGACUGCAUUUGGUCGUAUGAUGAUUGAACAAACAAAGAAUUAUGUUGAGGAAACAUACACAAUAGAAAAUGGAUAUAAACACAAUGCAAAGGUUAUUUAUGGAGACACAGAUUCUGUGAUGUGUAAGUUUGGUGUCACCACAGUCGAGGAUGCUAUGAAACUGGGCCAGGAAGCUGCUGAAUUCAUCUCUGAAAAGUUCGUCAAGCCAAUCAAACUUGAAUUUGAGAAGGUGUAUUUCCCCUACCUGUUAAUCAACAAGAAGAGGUAUGCAGGCCUGUACUGGACAAAUCCUGUCAAGUACGACAAGAUGGAUUGUAAAGGUCUGGAGACUGUACGACGAGAUAACAGUCCUCUUGUGUCCAAGCUCAUCAACCAGUGCCUUGAGCUUCUUCUUAUAGACAGAAACCCAGAUGGAGCAAUAGAACAUGCUAAGCAGACAAUCUCUGACCUGUUAUGUAACAGGAUAGACAUCUCACAGCUGAUCAUUACAAAGGAACUGACAAAGACAGAGGAUGACUAUGCAGGCAAGCAAGCCCAUGUAGAACUUGCUAACAGAAUGAGGAAGCGAGACCCAGGCAGUGCCCCUCAGUUAGGAGACAGGGUACCAUAUGUGAUUAUUGCAGCUGCGAAGAAAACGGCAGCAUAUCUUAAAUCAGAGGAUCCAAUAUAUGUAUUGGAAAACAAUGUACCAAUUGAUACACAAUACUACCUGGAAAACCAGCUGUCUAAACCUCUGUUGAGAAUAUUUGAGCCAGUCAUAGGAGAGAAGAAAGCAGAAUCUGUGCUUCUCAAGGGUGAGCAUACACGUACCAAGACAGUGGUCACAUCGAAGGUUGGAGGAUUAAUGGCAUUUGCCAAGAAGAAAAGUUCAUGUAUAGGAUGUAAAGUUCCACUUGAUCAUAAUGGAGCUGUAUGCAAGCAUUGUAAGACUAAAGAGUCUGAGUUUUACCAGAAGGAAAUCUCAACAAUGAAUGCAUUAGAAGAGAAGUUUUCCCGCCUGUGGACACAGUGUCAGAGAUGUUCUGGAAGUCUACAUGAGGACGUUCUGUGUACUAGUCGAGAUUGUCCAAUAUUCUACAUGAGAAAGAAAGUGCAGAAGGAUCUAGCAGAUCAAGAUAAACUCAUGUUAAGGUUUGGUGCACCGGAAUGGUAGCAUCAAUGAGGUGUGGUGUACCUAAUAGAUGGCAGCACCAACAUGGAGUUGUACUGAAUUUUGGUGCAAUUGGAUAGUACCAAGAUAAACUUGUGCUACAAUAUGUUGGAAAACUUGUGUAAAAGUUUGGUGCAUCAAAGCAGCAAUAUUGAUUCAAAUGACUGGAAGAUGUGCAAACAUAAAAUUCUUACAGCUGUGUGCUUGUGCUUGCUGUUAAAAGAUAUUUGUACUAACAGAUAUGUGAUGGUGUAAUUAGUUGCAAGGAGAAGGGAACAAUUCUCUUGAUGUCUCAGGUUGCUAAUGUAUGUUUAUAUAGAAAGCAUUUUCAGGUAAAGCAGCUGAUGUUAAAACAAGUAUUAAGCCUUAGGGUGACCUCAGUAAUUAUGUCUACAGAGAUGCAUGUUAAUAUACAGUGUACAUCAAGGUGUGUAUGUAUGUAUAUAUAUAUAUCAAGGGGUUGGAAGUGUCAGAUAGGCUUUAAAGGUCAUAAUGGUUUUGUUUAUGAUGUUGCUGCCACAUUUUCUAUUAUGAAGGUCAAAUUUAAGUAUUCCUUACUCAGUCCCUAUUUUCAAGAUUUUUUUUUCACAUUUUUGGCCUAGGUUGGAAUAUUGCAUUGACAUUUGAAAUUAUUAUUAUUGAAACCAUUGUUUUAUUUUAAUUACCUCCCUUUAUGGCUCUGAAGUCCCAAGUGCAAUACAUUGAAGUUAGUGCUUUUCUAAACAUGUGAUUAUUCUCUAUUUUAUAGAGCUACUUUAUCUGUAGUUAACGUAACAUCGAAAGCCUUAUGGAAUUAAGAACAAUAUAUUAAAAAAAUAGUUGCAUUGAGACCAGUUUACUCAAUGGACACAGGGAAUUCCUACCCAACAUCCAAGUUUUGUGUUUAGAAAUUUUGAUAAUUUCAGAAAAAAAAAUUGCUCUGUUUUGAAGCAGAGUAAGUUGAACGACAGUGCUUCUAGUAAACAAAGCUUCAAACACAGCUGAAAUGAACAAAGCGUAAUUAUGCUAAUUUAUAAUGUACCCAUGUAAGACAUUGAUUGUAUAAGUGUAAUUAAAGUUGUUGUUAGUUUGUAUGCAUACCAUACAUAUAUCAUGGCAGUAUAAUUGUACAAUGAAUUACACUUUAUGUAUGAUUUAUGACGUUAUUUGCAGUGUAACAUUUCAUCAUCUUUGUAUCAUUGAGUUUAUAACUACAGUCUAACAUUUCAUCUUUAUAUCAUUGAGUUUAUAACUGCAGUCUAACAUUCCAUCUUUAUAUCAUUGAGCUUAUAACUGCAGUCUACCAUUUCAUCCUCUUUGUAUCAUUGAGUUUAUAACUACAGUCUAACAUUUCAUCCUCUAAAUCUUUGAGCUUAAAACUGCAGUAUAACAUUUCAUCUUUAUUUCAUUGAGCUUAUAGCUGCAGUGUACCAUUUCAUGAUUGAGCUUAUAACUACUGUGCAACAUUUCAUCCUCUUUAUAUCAUUGAGCUUAUAACUGCAGUGUAACAUUUCAUCCUCUUUAUAUCAUUGAGCUUUUAACUGCAGUGUAACAUUUCAUCCUCUUUAUAUCAUUGAGCUUUUAACUGCAGUGUAACAUUUCAUCUUCUAUAUAUCAUUGAGCUUAUAACUGUAGUCUAACAUUUCAUCCACUAUACCAUUGAGCUUACAACUGCAGUCUAACAUUUCAUCUUUAUAUCAUUGAGCUUAUAACUGCAGUGUAACAUUUCAUCCUCUUUAUAUCAUUGAACUUACAACUGCAGUCUAACAUUUCAUCCUCUUUAUAUCAUUGAGCUUAUAACUGCAGUCUAACAUUUCGUCCACUAUACCAUUGAGCUUAAAACUGCAGUAUAACAUUUCAUCCUUAUAUCAUUGAGCUUAUAACUGCAGUCUAACAUAACAUCCUCUUUAUAUGAUGAAGCUUAUAACUGCAGUGUAACAUUUCAUCCUAUUCAUAUCAUUGAGCUUAUAACUGCAGUGUAACAUUACAUCCUCUAUAUAUCAUGGAGCUUAUAACUGCAGUGUAACAUUUCAUCUUUAUAUCAUUGAGCUUAUAACUGCAGUGUAACAUAACAUCCUCUUUAUAUCAUGGAGCUUAUAACUGCAGUGUAACAUUUCAUCCUCUUUAUAUCAUUGAGCUUAUAACUGCAGUGUAACAUUUCAUCCUCUUUAUAUCAUUGAGCUUAUAACUGCAGUGUAACAUUACAUCCUCUAUAUAUUAUGGAGCUUAUAACUGCAGUGUAACAUUUCAUCCUCUAUAUCAUGGAGCUUAUAACUGCAGUGUAACAUUUCAUCCCUUUUUAUCAUUGAGCUUAUAACUGCAGUGUACCAUUUCAUCCUCUUUGUAUCAU